UGUCGUCGCCGGACCCAACCGAAGCACUCAUCCACCGAAGCAGCACUGCGGAUAGUAACUGUAACCACUCGCACUAUCCGUAUCAGCUUUUCAUCGUUAGAGUCACUAACACACAAACACAGACACUCAAAGUUGGACUAAUUGUUCGACGGUAAAGGACUCACUGACCAACUAGCUUGGAAUCCUUUACCCUGUCUCUUUCUUCCAUAAAGCUCCUUGGUUCGCUCAUGAGAAUGUCCGCUACAACAAUCAAAAACAACCACAGCAGCAGCAACGCCACUACGAAGCACGCUGCGCAGAAGAAAGCGUUGCUAACUGUGAAUCGCCAGCAGAAUCGACCCAACUCGGUGAGCAGCAGUCGCAAAUCGCAACUAUGGGUUUUGGUCCUUGCGGUCGUUGCCUUGCUACUGCUCGCCUUUCUGAGACAAGAAACCGAAAGCUUUCCCGCGUUCCCGGAAUUCUCCAAUAAUUCAGCAUCGCGAAGUGUCAGCAAGGUCAAUCCGAUCCGACAAAUCAGCAUUUUGGGAGAGCGCAAUUCCGGAACGCGAUGGACGUAUGACCACAUCUCGGAAUGCUUCAAUCACUCGUUGAUCGUCAAGAAAGAGCUCACACGGUACAAGCAUUGGUUCCAGAACGAUGAUCCUUCUCGCUACCCACACGAUACGCUAGUCCUCGCGCAGUUCCGCAACCCCUACGAAUGGCUCAAGGCCAUGGAGCACGUGCCACACCACAGCCCGGCGCAUUUGCGAACAGACGAGAACACCAACACGAGCGAACGCUCAGCAGGCAACGAUUGGCAGGUCUUUUUGACAAAGGCCUGGACGAUGCCGCGGGUGGGCCUCGACCUGGAACUCUUCGGCAACGAAACCUGUCAAGAACAUUUCGCCUACAAGGAUAUUGUCAGUUGUACGGUCGAACCGCUGCCCAAGUCACACUACGGACACAAACUUCGCUACUCGGAAAAUCAGCCAUUCUACGAAAUGCGCAACGACGGUAGUGGCAUUCCCUACGACAACAUUUUGGAAAUGCGUACGGACAAAAUCCGGAAUUUCCUCUCGGUUGCUGACUUUGAAGGCGUUUCGGACGCCUGGGUACUGCAGUACGAGCAUCUUGUCAAGCAAGGAACGACAAAAUUGGUGGAACGUGUUGCCGAGGUGACCGGCAUUGAACCGAAUUGCAAACCCAAACCGCCGCAAAUUCGUAAACCGAAACAAUCCCGUUUCAUUUCGGCCGACAUGGCCGCCCACAUUCGCAAUCAUCUGAAUUGGACAGUGGAGAAUAUGAUCGGCUACGAGAUUGAAUGGGAUCGGGAAAAGGAGGCAACCAUCUGGUGAAAAUAAUAUUUCGAAGAUGAGUACACUCUCCAGAGGCCCGCGUUUAGAAGCAGUGUCCGUAAUCAUCAGCGUACGUGUAAUUGCACUAGUUUAACAAAAGCUCUGCAAU